UCCAACCACACCACCCUACCAGCACUAUCUGCUACCUCGAUUCACCUCCCCGCCAUACCGAUAGCAUCUGAGUUCUUCGCCAAACCUUCUCCUCGGCCCCAACUCGAGAGCUUGAGAGCGAAAGAGUCCUAGCAGGGCAGGCGCUUCCUCUUAAGCCCCCCAUUGGAAAGCAUGUCAACGUUGCAGUCGACCUCGUCACCAUCCAUGUCAUACUUCUCCACGCCAAACCAAAUGGGAGGAGAUGUGGCUACCGAGGCCUUCUUCUCUCCUACACCGCAAGGGAGCCUACGAUCCUCUGGCUCGUCGAAUCCCGGCUUUGCCCAUCAGCAGGGUCAGAACUUUGCGAGUACAGCCCAACUUACCCAGGACUUCUCCCAGAUGGGCACCUCAAGUCAAAGCUCGCCAGCGAUUGGGAGCUCAAACUAUGCCUCUAACCUGCAACAGCCAUUGGGAGACUACAAUUCUGGCGAGAGCAGACUAUUCCCAGUGAUCAGCCGGCAACAAUUCCAGGCUCAAUUCGCUACCAAUGAUCUACCACCCCAAGCCAGCGGAUCCACACAAGUGGCACAGGCCAAUGUGGACGACAACUGGAUGCUCUCUGAUCUGACGUCACUGCGAAGUCCUGGUCUGAAACGCUUUGCCGGCGACCACCUCGAGGAUCCGAGACCGCGGUCGCCUGGAACAAGCGGCAGUCUACGUCGACCUGCUUCCUUCCCAAUCCUGUCAAGCGUGGGCAGCAAUGGCGCUGUCCCUGUACCAAUCAAUGAUGCUGUGCCUCAAGCGCAGGCGUCGUCCAGCACCGGUCCGCACCGCCGUACCAUUAGCAACAAUGCCAACAACAAUGCAAUGACGACGUCACGGGUCAAUCUGCGCAGAUUGGCGAGCGGGACAGGACCAGUCGUGGGCGGAUCACCCCAACAUCACCAACAACAACAGCAGCAGCAGCAGCAGCAGCUCCGGGGCGGGGUCAAGAUGGGUGACCGCGCGGAUAUGCGGCAUCACCGAUCAAAUCUCUCCCUCUCGGCACUGAGCCAGUACCCGGGCAGCCAUCCUCCCCCUUCCGACGCAGUCGAGGGCAGCCUCGUGGAGAGUCCUCUCACGUCAUCGUCCCUAUCUUCCUUCAACGGCGGCACUGCAGGCGGACCCCAAUUCACUUUUUCUGUGCCCUCGAAUUCUGGGUAUGCCUCCGGCAGCCAUCUCAACGGAAGCGGGAACAAUCAAGGCGCCCAUCCUUCAGCAUCGGCCGGAUUAGCUUCCGAGAGACGGGGUCAAGACGAAAGGGAGCGAAAUCUGGGAGGGGCAGCCCAUUUCAGCACCGUUUCCUCCUUGCCCAUCGUCGGUCACCUUCCUAACACACAGUACUCACAUCCGACACCUUCAGCCAGAACAUCUCCCAUUACUUCACUCCAAGCUGCCACACCAGUCUCAUAUCAGCAACAAAAGAUGAACACGUCUCCUUACAGUACCGCCAAUGGCGGUCUUGGAUUCGACAUCUCCAGCAGGCCUUCGCGAGCCAGCAGCGCAAUGUCAACGGCAAUGGCAAUGGCAGCGCCAAUGGCAAUGGCUCCGUCUCGCCGCCUCAGCUCGUUCGAGCUUCUCAGCUUGCAUCGCCGCCCCUGAUCGGCUCGCAAACGCCCAGUCGCGGCACCAUUGCCUUGACGCCUGGCGGCUACCCCAGCAGCAGCAAUGCCAUGUAUGCCCAGCAUCCCCCUUUGCCUUCUGCGUCUCAUUCACCGCAGCA